UUUCGGUCCAGCUGGCACCAUCGCUGAUUGGGGAAAGGCUUGGCGCGACUUCAAUCCUGAGCCGCAUCAUUAACAUUCGCCGCAACGAGCAUCACCGCGUCUGCUUCUCAUCAUCGCGUUCAUCGAUUUCUGGCGUUCUUUACCUUCCAGAGGCGUCCUUUUUCAAGUCGACAUCACUUGCGCACGCCCUUCUCGUCUCGUUAUCCUGUCGACCGCAGUCACAGAGCCGCCAACAUGGCCGCCGCAGAUGUUCGCGACAUGUUGGAUUUGCCCGCGGACGGGCAGCAUCCAAGACCCCACAAGAAGCAGAAGGUUGUCGAAAAGAGGCCAGAGGGAAUAACCCGCGAGCUUUUUGCUCUACUUGGAGAAAGGGCACCUCCGAUCGCCAUUAAUGAAAACCGGUACAAGGGACGACCAAAAUGGAUGAGCAAGACCAAAGUGCGCCCAUGGCGUAUGACACCGUUCACGAAUGCGGCUCGAUCGGAUGGCCUUGUUCUGCGACAUUGGCAGAGAGAGACGGAUAUUCCGAAACAGGCACCUCCGCCAGAGGGAACCGAGAUGGAAGUGGAUGAGAAGAAGAAGGACGAGCCGUCUAGUGCCGUGGAUGGUAGCAUAUAUCCAUUCGCGAAAUACAACAUCAAGGCACAGGUGCCGAAGAGAUACACCGAUGAGCAGUACAACAGAUAUUUGAAGAGCGAUGACUGGACACGGGAAGAGACGGAUUAUCUUAUGGAUCUUGUGGAAGAAUAUGAUCUACGAUGGGUCGUGAUCGCCGACCGCUACGAUUACCAACCGCGAGGGACAGACGCUGGCGCAGAGGGAAACGCCACGGCCAUGGUACCAGCACAGAGAUACCGUACAAUGGAACAGAUGAAGGCGCGUUACUACACGGUUGCUGCCAACAUGCUAGCACUCGAACAUCCACCGUCUGAAAUGUCGGAAGCAGAAUUCGAUCUCCAUGAAAAGAUGAUGAAAUUUGAUCCGGAACGGGAGAGAGCGCGCAAGGAAUUGGCUGGUCUGCAGCUGAAUCGCUCGGCCGACGAAGUGCGCGAGGAGAUGAUCCUUCUGGAAGAGCUUAAGCGCAUCACAGCCAACGAGCAGCAGUUCAUCGCUGAACGCAGAGAACUGUACUCAAGGCUCGAAGUUCCCAUCAGCGUCGGCAACACCACGAUGUAUCAGUCCAGCCAAGGCCUAUCACAGCUGCUGCAGAUGUUGCUGCAAGCUGACAAGAGCAAGAAGCGCCGUUCCAUUCUCGGUCCCGAAGCUGCUGCAGCUAGCCCUGCCGCGCAGACUCCUGCUGGAAACGCUCCAAGCAGUGCCAGGGACAGCAGAGCAGACACCCCUACCGGUCCUACUGCUGCAACAAACAAGAAAUCUGUCGCAGCAGCCGCAGCUGCUGCUAACAAGGAGGCUCAGCAGACUAUCAAGACUCUCACACCGGCCGAAGAAGCCAAAUACGGUGUACAGCACCACGACCGUCUCGCACCCGGUGUCCAAUUCCGGAGCGACAGAGCUCAGAAGCUCACCCAAGCCAAAUCGAACAUCCAGACUCAGAAAUUGGCCGCCGCUCUCAACGAGCUUGAAGUCCCUCUCCGCCUCGUCAUGCCCACAGAGCGCGUAUGCAAGGAAUUCGAAAGACUUAUCCACUCCGUCAAUCUCCUCCUGGACGCCCGAAAGGUCUCCGAGAAAGUCGAGAGCGAAAUCCGCAUCAUCGAAGCCGCCAAGGCCGAGAAGGAGCGCAAGGAACGUGAAGCAAGAGGCGAAACAGAAAAGGACCAGGAAAAGAAACCCCAAGUCAAAACUGAAUCCGACGACCAACAACAACAACCUACUCCUACUACCACAGCUCCUAUUCCCGAGGGAGGUGACGCCACUACUUCUACUGAAGGAACUUCUUCCAACCCUACUACUACCUCCGAUGGACAAGACAAAUCUUCUGCCGAAAGACCGAACGACGCCCCCGCUACAGGACCAGCUGACAACAACACUACAGCAACAGCAGAUGGCGAAAAUGCGAACGGAGACAACAAAGAUAAAGAUGACUCGGCCUCACAUAAGCGUUCAGCAAGUGUUCUCAGCUCCGUAAGCGACAAGAGCGCGAAGAGGCAGAAGAAGUAGACUAGGGACAGACAAUACGCUUUGUUUUGUCCCUUUUCUUGAUGAGUUAUCUGUUAUAUCCCAUCUGGUGUGGCAUGGCAGUUGGUAUAAUUGUAUAUUAUGUCCUUAUUCAUGGGAGUUCUCUAAUUGAUCAUGGGAGCGGGAACGGUUGGCGUUCCUUUCUUUUUUUUUUGCCGGUACAGCUUCUACAAGAUUUCUUUCCUGUGUAGCUUUGGUCGUCAGCCUACUACGGUAUGCAGUAACUCUUUCAAGUUCUAUAAUGGUUUUUUUUUAAAGAAAAAGUAGUG